AAGUCAUGUGACGUGUGUGUUGUGUUUGGCCCCGGAGAGCCGUCGGAGAGAAGCAGAGACACCUCGAGGGUUUGGAAGACCAUGGAAGAAAACCAGCAGCCGAUGCUAGGUCAUCUAAACGGUAGUACAACUACUAAACGGGAAGACUACCUGGAGUGGCCAGAGUACUUCAUGGCUGUAGCCUUUCUGUCAGCCCAAAGGAGCAAAGACCCAAGCUCACAGGUGGGGGCGUGCAUAGUGAACCAGGAGAAUAAGAUAGUUGGCAUUGGUUACAACGGUAUGCCAAAUGGCUGUGAUGAUGACCUGCUACCCUGGUCCCGGUCUGCUGACGACCGGCUUGACACUAAAUACCCUUAUGUGUGCCAUGCAGAGAUGAAUGCCAUUAUGAACAAGAACAGUGCGGAUGUGAAAGGCUGCACCAUUUAUGUGGCUUUGUUUCCUUGCAACGAGUGUGCCAAGCUCAUCAUCCAGUCCGGUAUUAAGGAAGUGGUCUAUCUUUCUGAUAAGUACCAUGACAAGCCGGAAAUGGCCGCUUCCAGAAGGCUGCUCAGAAUGGCUGGCAUACAAAACAGGCAGUUCAAGCCCAAGAGGACUGAGAUUGUCAUUGAUUUUAAUUCCAUUAACCACCCUGGAAUGCUGAACAGCGCGCCAAGUGAAAAUGCAAACAGCUCGCCUUAGGGGGGCUGAAGAAUGAGGCACAGAAGUAGAGGGAGACUGACAAGAUUGAAAGAGACUUUGAUGCCUCUUUUCUGUAUGUCUUCUUGCCCCCUGCUUUGUCCAAAGAAAAACUCAAGGAUACCUCGACUUUGGCAUCUUUUGAUAUUUUGAUUAACUGGAUAUUCAAGAUAGUUUAAUUUGAUGCUUCGCCCUUUGUGGAUGGCUGUGACAGAAGGUUUUUCAAUACUGCUUUCACACUUUCUUUCCUGUUGAAACUCCCUUUGGGUUUAAGCAUGCACAAGGACACUUUCUUGAGUGCUUGAUAUUAAAAUCUUCUGUGUUGUAUAUUAACUCUUCUCAUGGUUGUCUGCACAGGGGAACGCCAGAACUGUUUUUUUCUCCUUAAAACGAGGUUCGAGGAUUAAUACAAAGGCACCUUGACAUUAAGUUCACUUGAUCUUUAACAUUCACAUGGAAGUUUCCCAUUAAAUAACUCUUUUUGAAUUUCUGACCAUCAAACCCAUUUGCAGAAAGUAACCAUAAUUUGGCCUGUGCACAAAUUUUUAUUGUAGAUAAUCUUUUUGACACUCAAACAAACUUUACAUGGGCAUCUAAUGCUUAACUGGCAAGUAUAAUUUUGCAUUCAAUAAAACUUUUGGACUGC